AUGAGUCAAGACACCACCAACUCUUUCUCAAAGAUGAGCUUGAACCCUUCAGCUUCUGAGUGGAAGCCCAAUUUUGGCGCAAAGGCUUUCGUCCCAUCAUUUGGCGCACCAGCUGCUGCCGCCGCCGCUCCUGCUGCUGCUCCUGUAGCUCCUGCCGCCGCUGCUCCAGCUCCUGCUGCACCCAAGGUUGUCAAGCUUCCUGAAUCCAAGCCUGCUGCACCUGCUGCCCCCAAGCCUGCCGCUGAAGCUCCCAAGCCCAAACCCGCUACUCCCAAGCCAAAGGCUGCUCCUGCUCCUGCUCCUGCUCCCAAGAAGGCUCCCGAGCCAGUUGUUCAAGAUGAUGUCGAGGAUGUCGAUGACGAAGUUGUUGCUGAUUUAUACGGCAAGGAGCAUUUGAACGUUGUCUUUAUGGGUCACGUCGAUGCUGGUAAGUCAACUAUGGGUGGUAACAUCCUCUAUUUGACUGGUAUGGUUGAUAAGCGUACCUUGGAAAAGUAUGAAAGAGAAGCAAAGGAAGCUGGCAGAGAAUCAUGGUACCUUUCUUGGGCUUUGGAUACCAACACCGAGGAAAGAGCCAAGGGUAAGACCGUUGAAACCGGUAGAGCCUACUUUGAAACCGACAAACGUCGUUAUACUAUCUUGGAUGCUCCUGGCCACAAGAAUUUCGUUCCUAGCAUGAUUCAAGGUGCCUCUCAAGCUGAUAUUGGUGUCCUUGUUAUUUCUGCUCGUAAGGGUGAAUUUGAAACUGGUUAUGAACGUGGUGGUCAGACCCGUGAACACACCAUGUUGGCCAAGACCUCUGGUAUUAACAAGAUGGUCGUUGCUAUCAACAAGAUGGAUGAUCCUACUGUUAACUGGGAUAAGGCUAGAUACGACGAAAUUGUCAGCAAAUUGACUCCUUUCAUGAAGCAAACUGGCUUCAACCCCAAGACUGAUAUUCACUUUAUGCCUUUGUCUGGUUUCUCUGGCGCCAACAUUAAGGACCGCGAUACCAAGGUCUGCCCUUGGUACGAUGGUCCCUCUCUUCUUGAAUUUUUGGAUGAUUACAAGACUACCGAUAGAAAGUUGAAUGCUCCCCUCAUGAUCCCUAUCUCUGAAAAGUACAGGGAUAUGGGUACUAUUGUUGUUGGUAAGAUUGAGGCUGGUCAUUUGAAGAAGGGUCAACAAGUUGUCAUUAUGCCUAACAAGCACAACACUGAAGUUACCGCCAUUUAUGAUGAAACCGAAAAUGAAAUUGAACAAGCCAUGUGUGGUGAUAAUAUCAGAAUGCGUUUGAAGGGUAUUGAAGAAGACGAAAUCAUGCCCGGUUUUGUUCUCUGUAGCAAGAAGAGCCCCGUCAAGACUACCACCCAAUUCGAAGCUCAACUUGCCAUUCUCGACCACAAGAAUAUUAUUUGUGCUGGUUAUACCGCUGUUUUGCAUAUUCACGCUGCCGCUGAGGAAGUGCAAAUCUCUGCUCUUCUCCAUUUGAUUGAUAAAAAGACUGGUAAGAAGACCAGAAAGCCCCCUCAAUUCGUCAAGCAAGGUCAAAAGGCUAUUGCUAGAAUUGUAACUUCAGGUCCCAUCUGUAUCGAAACUUUUGAAAAACUUCCUCAACUCGGUCGUUUUACUUUGCGUGAUGAAGGAAAGACUGUUGCUAUUGGCAAGGUUACCAAGGUCUUGGAUCCUGCCGAGUAA